GUUCGUGUUCUGAUAUAUUGGAGAUUGGGAACAGUAUUGGGGUCGAACCGGGAUAUCUGAAGCUAGUCAAUCGGUAGAAUUUAGAGUAGCCAACUCACGAUUCACAAUAAAUUUGGCGACGGAGAUUUAGCAACAAGUUGGUGAUUAACUAUGGAUCCAGCCAAAUUAGAAAAAUUGUUCGAACAGCAGCUGAAGCUGAUGGAGAUGAUUACUCAGACGCAUAUAUCUUCUCGAGUCCCAACUGCACCGACAAUUCUUGAAUCAGUUGAUGGUAUUACCAGUGGUAUUUCAGAAUUUCUUUAUGAUCCUGAUGCCAACAUUACAUUUGAUACCUGGUUCAGACGUUAUGAAGACCUUUUCAAAGUUGACUUUGUUGACAGAGAUGAUUCGUGGAAGGUGCGUCUUCUUCUCCGUAAACUUGGUCCAUCCGAGCUGGAUAAGUAUUGCAACUUCAUUCUACCGCAGAACCCACGCGACCGUUCAUUCGACGCCACUAUUCAGUCCCUUAGCCAACUUUUUGGUGAUCAUCACUCACUCUUCAGUACUCGAUAUCGCUGCUUAAAACUGAUCAUGAAUGAGUCCGAUGACUUCCUGACCCAUGUCAGCGUUGUUAACCGUGAGUGCGAACGGUUCAAGCUCAGAUCCCUCACUGAAGACCAAUUCAAUCACCCAAAUUCUCCGACAUCAGAACUCGGUUGCUCAACCGCCUUGAACAAGAUCCAACACUGACACUUAAUGCGAUCAUAGACG